AUGGCAGUUCUUGUAGGAGUAAGGAUUAUGAAGUUUGUAGAAGAGCAAAUUAAGCUUCCUUUAGAUCACGUGGUUUUGAUGACAGACUCACAGUGUGUGCUCCAGUGGAUAUCGUCAGAGAAGCAAUUACCGGUGUUUGUAAAUAACCGUGUUAAGGAAAUACGAAGUCAUAACAACAUCGAUUUUCGAAAUGUGUACAUUAAAGACAAUUCUGCAGAUAUAGCUAGUCGGGGUUGCACAUUACAAAUAUUGUCUGAAGAUCAAACAUGGUGGCAUGGACCAGAGUGGUUGUGUAGUCCGACUCAUGAAUGGCCACAGUUCAAAUUUGUGCAUAGAACAGAGAAGGAAAGUAAAUGUGAAGGAAUGGAAUUGAUGACGAACACAGAAGAGUUCAAAGUGAACUCUCUGACCGACAAACAGACAUCUGUUGUUAAGAAACAAGAAGUUGGUGACAGUGUGAUUAACAAUGAGAAUACACCAUUUGGAUUAGAUACAAGCUGGUUCUCUUCUGCAGCAAAAUUAAUAAGAGUCACAGCAUGGUGUCUUAGAUUUGUUAGAAAAUUAAAAGGACGAAAGUACGACAGAAAUACUCCCACUAGCGAUGCCUUAGAAGAAGCAGAAAAUUUGUGGAUAAAACAUGUUCAAAGGAAACAUUUCGAAGAAGUGUACAAUUCCAUAGCAUUGAACAGUCCAAACAGCCUGGCUGGACAAUUGGAUAUAUUUAUUGAUGAGUGUGGCAUGUUAAGGUGUCGGGGAAGACUAGAAUGUGCUAAUUUGAGUGAAGCAACGAGGUAUCCCAUGUUACUUCCAAGAAAAGAAAGGUUUACGCAUUUGUUAGUUAAAAAUGUGCAUAAAAUAAUGCAUCACUGUGGUGUAUCGCAAACAUUGAGUGAAAUUAGGCAUAGAUUCUGGAUUCCACGUGGUAGAGCAACUAUUCGCACUAUACUGAAACUGAGCACAGUUUGUAAACGGAUGGAAGGAGGUCCAUACAAAUUAUCUCAAAUGGCCCCAUUACCAAAGGAACGUGUGUCAGAGUCUACACCAUUCUCCUAUGUAGGAUUAGAUUAUUUGGGACCACUGUAUAUAAAAGAAAACAAGGAAUCCAAAAAGGUAUGGGUAUGUCUAUUUACCUGUCUUGUAACACGUGCUGUGCAUUUAGAAAUAGUACGGGACAUGUCAGCUAGUACUUUUCUUCUAUGCCUGAAAAAAAUUAUUGCAACAAGGGGUACCCCAAAGGAAAUUGUUAGUGAUAAUGCCACUCAAUUCAGACUAUCUAGUGAAACCAUCAAAUUGGUAUGGACAAACUUAUUACAAGAUGACAAGAGUUAUGCUUCAAAUGAAGGUAUGAAAUGGACUUUUAUAAUAGAGUUAGCUCCUUGGAUGGGCGGAUUUUACGAAAGGCUUGUUGGGAUUGUAAAGAGAGCAUUACGAAAGUCAAUUGGUAGAAAACUGUUAAUGCCAGAUCAGAUGUACACACUUUUAAAAGAAGUUGAAGCUGUUGUUAACUCAAGACCCAUAGUAUGUGUUGGAGAAGAUAUAAAUUCAUCAAUUGCUAUCACACCAAGCCAUUUUAUUUGUUUAAAUCCAAAAACUGGGAUACUAGAACAUGAAUGUGUCAGUGACGACCCAGAGUUCAAACCAUACGUAAGUUCAGCUGAACGAUUAUUGCAAAUAUGGAAGAAAGGGGAACAACUCUUAAACAGAUUUUGGAUACUAUGGCGAGAUGAAUAUUUGCCAAGCCUACGGGAAAGGUCACAAUACAAAAGGAAAUUUUUCAAGAAUUCAAUCACAUGA